AUGACGCCAAGGCCUACUCCCCGGCUCAACCGAGCCAUUAUCCAGUCAGAGCACGGCGGCACGCUGACGCAGACAUUCGCCAGGGAGGUGCCGUCUCCGGGUCCGAACCAGGUCCUUGUCAGGACAGCCGCAGUAGCCCUCAACCCCAGUGACUGGAAGAUGUUGUCGGCGUGUCCCUGCCCCGGCGCCGGCUGCGGAUCCGACUACGCCGGGCGCGUCGUGAGGCUGGGCAGCUGCGUCACUCACCUCGCCCAAGGCGACAGGGUAUCUGGUGCCGUUCACGCGAACAACCCCGUCGAUCCGUCGUCCGGGGCCUAUGCCGAGUACAGCGCCGUCGACGCCAGCCAGCUAUGGAAGAUUCCGGAUGCCAUGCCGUGGACCGAUGCCGUGGCAAUCGGGCUGUGCGGCAUCGGGACGGUAGGCAUGGCGGCAUGGCAGAACCUCGAGUUGCCAGGGACUCCCGAGGAGCCGAGCUCCAAGUCUGAGUUUGUCUUUGUCCACGGGGGAAGCACUGCGAUUGGAACAAUGGCAAUUCAGCUCCUGAAGCUAUUGGGGUUUCGGGUGCUGGCGUCGUGCUCGCCGCACAACUUCGGGCUGGUGGAAGGCUUUGGGGCGGAAAAGGCAUUCGACUAUACUUCUCCCACCGCUGCCGAGGACAUUCGCGCGUACACAGCCAACAGCCUCGAGUACGUGAUGGAUAUUAUUGCCGAUGCGAAGUCGCUCAAGCUGUGCUACGCAGCCAUGGGUCGGGUGGGAGGCCGGUACGUCCAGUUCGAGUUCGUGCCGGAUGAACUCGCGGCGCUUCGGAAGACGAUCAAGGCGAGCUGGGUUCUUGGCAUACGCCUGACUGGCGGCGAGAUUGUCCUCGACAAAGGCUGCGGGUAUCCCGCCAACGCAGAGCUGAGAGACUGGGGGCGCCGUCUGUUCCGGCGCGUGGAGAGCUGGGUGCGCGAGGGCAAGAUUCGGUCUCAUCCCAGUAUCGUCCAUGAGGAUGGGCUGGAUGGCAUAAUUGACGGCGUGGAGAGGCUGCGUCGGCGCGAGGUAUCAGGGUGCAAGCUCGUAUAUGUGAUUGAUCGGAGUGCAUGA